AUGGAUUGGGUUCGCGGUGGUAUGCUAGGUAGUGGAAGCUUCGCCACUGUCUAUUUAGCCACACACACAAAACAAUCUCUUAACUUUCCGUCUAUCACCGCCGUCAAAUCCUCCGAAAACUACACCUCACAUUUUCUUCAAAAGGAGAAACACAUACUAGAUUGUUUAGGUUCAUCUCCACAUAUUAUCAAGUGUUUUGGUCACGAUUUUACUUUUGAAAAUGGCGAAGACUGUUAUAAUAUAUUUCUUGAAUAUGCCGCCGGUGGAACACUUUCCGAUCAACUCAAGAAUCACGGAGGAAAGUUUUCGGGAACUCUCUUUCGCCGUUACACAAGGUCUGUUUUAGAAGGACUUAAACACAUUCAUGAAAACGGUUUUGUUCAUUGUGACAUAAAGCUAGAAAAUAUUCUUGUAUUCGACAACGGAAAUGUUAAGAUUUCAGAUUUCGGUCUAGCAAAGGAGAAAGGUUUAGAACAUGGUGAGAAGAAGUUGGAAUUCAGAGGAACUCCUAUAUUUAUGGCGCCGGAGUCGGUUAACGAUAGUGUUUAUGAAUCUCCGGUGGAUAUUUGGGCUCUUGGUUGCGCCGUCGUGGAAAUGAUUACCGGUAAACCAGCAUGGAUUAUGAGUAGCAAGGAAAAUAUGUGGUCGUUGAUGAUUCGUAUUGGGAUUGGAAAAGAAUUACCGUUGAUUCCAGAUGAAUUAUCAGAAGAAGGCAAAGAUUUUCUUAAAAAGUGUUUUGUUAAAGAUCCUAUGAAAAGAUGGAGUGCUGAGAUGCUAUUCAAACACCCUUUUAUUUCUGAUGAUGAUGAAACUGUUUUAUCUAUGAAAGAGUUGUCAUUGCCAUUAAUGUCUCCAAGAACUCACUUUGAUUUUAUUCAAUGGGCCUUUUCUACUGUGAAGACUUUACCGACGGAGAGACUCCAACAAUUAGUUACAUAG